UCAAAAGUUGUGAAAUGAUACUACCAUUGCUUCAACUGACCCUAUCUAUAUAACAGGGCUCUGUGGCUUCCUGCACUGUAACAGGGAGGGGCUGGGCUGGGGAGGUGUGAGGUGAAAGUUGCCUGUGAGUCUGCUACCUGUAAAGGAUUUCAGCACUAGAACAAUCAGGGCUGUUCUGAGAGCACUGGGCCUAGCAUUUUCCUUCUUCACCUCCUGAGUUUUUUGCACAUCAUCAUAAUCCCCAGAGAAAAAACUCAGUGAAACUUGACUGCUUUCCCUCCUGCCUGUCUCUGUCUGUUGCCUGAGGCAGAUACUCAGAGGUGCCAUUGCAUCCUGUGGUUCUGACUCUCCUCUUUCUUUUCACACUUGGCUUCUGUACAAGCAUUUAGUUUUCUAAGGAAGCAGAUUUUAUCUUCCUCCCUCUUCUCAGGUCAUCUAUAAUUUUAAAAUCUUGCUUGGCAUGCUGCUCACUGCCAAUCUGUGGUAUCUUCCUGCUCCUGCACAUCUCUCCCACGCCCCUCAGCAGUGCCAUGCAAACACCACCACAUCUUGUUCACCCAAGAGACCAUGCAAUUCCAAUCCUUGUCACAGAGCUAAACCACUUCUUGUAAUUCCAGGAGAGUUGAACAUUCCAGCAGCAUCUCAGUUGCAUCCUCCUAUCUCAGACUCUUCUCCUUGUGAGGAAGGGAUUUUCUUCCUAAAAGUGGAGAACAAACCGUAGUGAAAAUUUCUCACAUGGGCAGCUCUGCAACAUGCAGAUUCCCUUGCCUUUCCCCCUUCCCACUUCAUGAUUAAUUCUGUCUUUGACUCAUAUCCCAGAGGGGCCAAAGCCUCUCUGUUUUGAUAUCCCUGUGCUGUCCUAGCCUUCAAAUACUCAUUGCAUUACUGUAUCCCUCAGCCCUAGUUCCCCCCCAAAAAGAGUCUUGGGUCUCUCUGGAGCAGACAGUAUAAAAAAUUUGCAUUUGAUUCGAGAACUGAAAUAAGGAAGCAUAAAUAUACUUGCUGUCUAAAGCAGAGCUGUCAUCAAUAUGACCUGAGAUUCAAGAAAUUUGUGUGCAAUUUUAUUUCUUUAGACUGUAUCCCUGAGGAUCAGAUUAGGUAAUUCUCCUUCUCUGUUGUUCAUCUGUUCUUCUAAUGCCUGCCCCAGAAAAAUAAUACAAAUGACUUUUCUAUAUUUUCCCUACAAGUUAAUAGGAAUAAACUACCCUGUUGUCCAAAACCCACAGGGCUGGGAUAAAUUUUGUAGUGGACUAUACAACUGAGCAAAUUGGAGAUGAUGGAUGAGGUACUUUCUGGCAGAACUGGUCAGAAAUCAUACAAAAAACCCCAAAAAAGGGCUUCUAUGACAUUACACUGAACGGUCUCAGGUAGGACAAGAGCUGAUGCACUUUUCUCCUUUGACUCGUUCCCACCAAGGUAUAGCACGUGGUGCAGAGGCAUUUUUCGUAAUCUACUCUUCCAGAUUGCUGUAACAGCAGCCCUUUACAUGUGCCACAACAGCUUCCUCUGAUAAACCAUGGCAUUAAGACUGAGCUUCUUUCCAACAAAUUUAACCAUCCCACCACAGUGGCAUAAUCAGGGUUCAUUUCAAAAUCUGCAAUGGCAAGACAAGAAGAGCCCCUUCGACGUGGUGAGGAGAGCCAACAUUCACCCACCCUGAGUAGGAGGUAAACACUUGGCUGCCUUGUUUUGGUUUUUGUAGUACAAAACAGCUGUUAAAAAUGUUUAAGGAUGUAUAUGAGAUGGCUUAGUACAGUUUCACUCGGGCAAGGUGCCAGGGCAUGUUAUGUAAAGUGUUGAUCUUUCCUACAUUUUAAAUUGAAUAUAGAACAGUCGGGUUCCAGCCCUCCUUCCUGGCAACAGGCCCAGCCUCGGGCACUUCCAUAUAAACUGGACUUCUCGUGGCUGCCCAAGGUAUCAGCAGGACUCAGAGACUGCAGAAAUGAUGGUGAUGUUCUUCUCAGGAAUCAAGAGAAUGUUCUUCCUCUUGUUCCUCCCAUGCUUUUGAUCUGGCCAGCUUGCAUCUCCACUGCUGCAUUUCCCCACCUUCCUCAAUUCUUCCAGCAUGUUCUACCUCUGCUGGGACCAUGAGGAGCAGGAGCUGAUGGGAUUGAGCUGUGCAUCCACACAACUGGCUGGGUGGCAUGUGGAUUCAGCCCUCAUGGAGAGCUGCCUGGAUCUGACAUUGUGACAAAGAAGUGCCUUCCAAAAUGGCAGCAUCUGCUUCUCUAGUAGCUGAUUUGUAGACUACUUAUCUUUGAAUUUACUAAAUCUUGAUGAGGUACAGAGACCCAUCAGACUCAACUGAUGAGAAGAUUCUUCACCUCUGACCUGAGAUUGCAGAAUGUAAGUAUUGGACAAGAGCCUGAAGUUUAUGUAUGACCGGAAGAGUGAAGAACUUCCUGCUGAGGGCUAGAAAGAGGAGAGAACUCUGAGUUGUACCCAGCCCAGAGCAUCACUCUCAGAAUAGAGAAGAGAGGAAAGAAGAGAGUAGAACAAGAAUGGCAGAAAAUGUCCUUUAUGCUGACUUGAACUUGUCUGAACUAACCAGACCCAGAAUCCAGACGGUCCCUGAUGUCCAAGACUCAGGCUGUACCUAUGCAGAAGUGAAAGUGAAAUGCCAAGACACAAAUGCUGCAGCAAAGUGCAAAUCAUCUGGUAAAAGCUGUUGUUCCAGAAAACGUGUUGCUGUAUGUGUGGUGACAAUCCUUGUGCUGGUCCUGGCAGUGUAUUUAAUAAUCACAUAUGUUCCAACUGUAGGCAGCCAAAACAGCUCAAAAACACAGCCCUCCAGCAGCCAAAAUGACUCAACACUGUGGUACACGACCAGCCAACCAGACUCAACAAUACUGAGCUCCACCAGCCAACAGGACUCAACAUCAUUGUCUCCCACCAGCCAAAAGGUCUCCCCCACUAUCCAAGAGAAUUCAACAAAGUCACCCCCCAGCCAGGGACAGGCACCAGGCUGUCCCCCAGCAUGGAAAAAAAAUGGGACAAAAUGCUACUUCUUUUCUCCAGAGCAGAGAAAGAAGGACUGGAAAUCCUCCCGUGCAGAAUGCGCUGCUGAGGGCUCAGACCUGGUGAUCAUUGAGAGCAGGGAAGAGCUGAGUUACCUUCUCACACAAUCACGAUAUGGGUACUACUUACUUGGUCUCAGAUACUCUCCAGAGGAGCAGAAGUGGAAGUGGAUCAACAACGUGGAGCAUGACCCAACCAUGUUCCGAAUAGAGAGACGUUACAGCGACUAUGACUGCAUGGUGAUUGGACAUGGUGAAAUAGGAGCUGCACCUUGUAGUGGAACCCAAACAACACAAAACAUGUGUGAGAAAACUGUAACAAUUUGAAAAAGGCAUAAGAAGGAGAGCUAAAAACAAGAGCUCCAGGCUGAUAUGAUAUCCCAGCUUGCUGUAGGAUACGUGGAUGGGAUGUGUCUCAUUUCUCUUCACCUGCCCAAUCUCUGCUCCCAGGGACUCCUGCAGCCCCCUCCAGGCUCAUGGCCAAGCUCAGCCCAGCCUUUCCCUGAUGCUGUGUGAGCCUGGCUGGAUCCCCUCUGGAAGAGCUGGCUCUGGCACACAGGAGCAGUCUGGGACUGUCUCAUGCCACAGGUGGCACCUGCAGGCAGGCAGUGCCAGGGGAGAGGAGUCCAGGCUGGGGCCAGGGCUGAUCCCAACCAGAUCCUGGCUCUGCAAGUCCCAUCCAUGCACAGCCCAGUGUUCCCAGCCCUGCCUGUGCCCAAGGAGACCCUUCCCCAGCUGGUCACAGCCUGGCCUUGCCUGCAGCCACAAGGGAAGGGCAGCACAGAUUUGUGGGUGGGAUCUGGUGGGGAAGGGCAAGGCCAGUCCUUGCCAGGAUGGACAGGACAAAGUCAGGGGUGGGUGUGGAUAAACCUUCUGCUGUCCCAGACUGUUCCAUGAGCACAUGGGAUCCCAGAGCCUGUGGGGGAAAUGGGAAUCAGCAGAAGGGAAAGGAUCCUACAGCAGCACCGCUCUGGGCAUAAAAUCAGCCCCAGUCCUGUGUGGGGAAGGGAAGGAGGGUCAGAUUUGGGAUCUGCUGGGAAAGGGCACAGGAUGGAGAGCAGCAGAGACCAUGAAAGCCUGAAGAGCAGAGUGCCAAGAGAAGCUGAGCUGGACAGAAAACAGAACAAUGAAAGGCACAGUGAGCUGUGAAGGAGCUGGUGAGAAGUGUGAGAGUGACCCCCAGGGAAUGGCCACACCGUGCUCUGCCCUCUUUUCCUUGGAGAUUGUGCACAGGAGGAAAUGAUUCCUGAGAGCUUUUCCUGCCAAGAAAAAUUCAAGCCAAGAGCAGAAAUAGGGAGCACCAGGAAAAGUGAGCUGUGAUCAGGAGACAGGGAAUGUCACCAAUGCUCUCCCCAUGUGCUUCAGUGGCUCUUGGGACCCUGGGCCUUUUGUGACUCCAAGAAUUUUCCUUCUUAGUGUGUCCUUGGAGGCAGAAUCAUUCCUCCUUUACUGGUGCCUUCCAUGGCUCUCUCCAUCAGCUGCAGGAUGGAGAAAGCUCUGUGAAGUCCUUGAGGAAGUGACACUGCUGGCCUGGUUUACCACUGGGAAAACAUUUGCUCUGUCAAACAAUCUCUACCCAGCAUGUUGUGGCCAUUGGAAGGGAAAAUGGAAUCCUGGAGGAAAAGCUGUCUCUUUCUGACUUGAAAGCACCUUUUGAUGUUCCUCACAGCAGCCCUCCUCCUCACUGACUGCUCUCAUCAAGAUGCUUUGGAAAUGGAUUUGCACUUCUUUCCCUGACUUUCAAUCUGCAAAGAGCAGAGGAAGAACAUGGAGCUGCAGCAGAACAAUGUCAGUGUCAGAGCCCAGGAUGUGCAGAGUUGUUCCAGAAGGAAGCUGAGCUGGAGGGGCUCUUUGCUUGCAAUCACUUUACUGCAGAGGUUGGGAGAGCAUUCUGUGUUGUGUUAUAGAUUUCUGCCCUUCUGUUUUCAUAUUGCAGCUGCUGGAAUGUGCCCCCUGGGCUCAAGUGGGCUCUCCUGAAGGCAGGGCCAGGGAAAAGCCUCUUCCCUGGGAGCCACUGGCCCUCACUGGGAGCCUUCAGCAGGCAGCAGAGGCAGCAGCUGUGCACCAGAGGGGUGGGAAGGGGAAGCCACCCUGGGGCCUCUGUGGAACUACACAAACCCCAUCAAACCCAGAAAGCCACAGGAAGUCUCAGGGCUUAGGAGCAGCUCUGGCUUGCAAGGAAAUCCCUAGCAAGGGCAGAAGUUUGAUUGGAAGUGCUUUGUUUCCUCUGCCUCUGUGCUGCUCUUGUUC